AUGGGCGGCGGCGGCAAGGUUCCACCUGACCGGUUCCCUCUUCUUAGCUACCCCAAGCACAUCUGGUCGCCGGCCGGUGGCUGGUACGCCCAGCCGGCCAACUGGAAGGCCAACACAGCUGUGUUUGGCGUCGUCAUCUUCGGCAUCACGGCGCUUGUGUGGAAGUUGAGCGCCGACAGGGAAUACCGCCAUAAGAUGCCCGAGCCUGAUCGCUUCUACCCCAGCAGAAAUUUUGUUGUGCACAAUUCACAGCCGCCUGUCUCGUCUGCGCUCUCCCCCCCGCUUGAUCAGUUACGCGAGACGAUGGAAUCCAGUUUCCAAAACGCUUUCAAGUCCCAGCGGGGAAUUAGGCAUUUGUUAAUCACUAAACACAUGGCUGCCCCAUGUGACGGGCGACGACGUUUGACCCUUGACCCCAUUGAUGAAUUCAUGCUCAUAUCGAGUAUGGGGCACCCCGGCCUUGUCCCUGUUGAUCCUAUAUCAGAUACGAAUUCCGACCACUCCGGCUCCGACCCCGGCCCUGCCGAGUUGGAGUUAAGCCGUCUACUCUCCUUCCAUCACGAGACCCCUGUCGACGCCGAAGCACAAGGCGACGAGCCUUUUACCAAGAUCGGCGCAGGUGCCUGUGGCGCCGUCUUUGCCCGGCCGGGAAAGCCCUACGCGAUCAAGCUGUCCAAGAUCAAGAACCACCAGGUGCUGUGGAAUGACUACCUCAGUCAUACCAAGAUCGCCCAGUGCUUCCGCCGUUGGGCGUAUGACGAGGUCAGCGUCCCAGCCUGCCACUACUUCGCGCCCCCCAGUGAGUCGCAGUUCUUCGCCCAACACGUUGGUCUUGCCGAAGCAGCUCAGUGGGUAUGCAAUUUGCCCACGAGCGCACUGGUUACGGAGCGCAUCUUACCACUCCCGGAGCGUGUCCGGACUCUACUGAUUGACAAAUACUGCCCGCCGCACAUCAGGGGGGUGGCCAAAACCGAUGCCGCCAAUCGGGACUGCCUGGUGAGGGUCUAUCUUGGGUCGACCAAGGGCAAGAAACACCGGAAAUUCUUCUCGCUGAGGGACUUCAAGAUGCACCUCAACUACAUGGUGGAACUCCAGCUUGACAUCAGGGGUCUGGCUCGCAAGAUAGGCAUAGCCCUAGCCUUCAUCCACUGGGGCGCUGAAACGGACGGCCGGGGUGUGGAGUUUGUUCUGGGCGGCUCAUUCAAGACAGCCUCUCGCGGGCUUGACGCCAGCAAACUCGAGUAUGAUCUUCCCCGCCACCGUGCUCGGUGUUGUCUCCCCUUCCCCGACGGUUCUGGAAGCCCGUGCUCAGAGCAAACAAACUAA